CUUUAAUUUUUAAUAAAAGGAGUACAUUUAUCGCUUAAUGCAAUAACCCCCCGGCACCCCCUUCCACGAUCGGCGGAGCGGUUUGGAGUUCCAAGGGCGGAAAGGGAUCUGGUCCUCCGCCGCCAUGCCGACCACCGCAGGCGUCUCACCGUCCUCCUCCUCCUCCUCCUCCACCACCACUACCAGCGCCUCCUCCGCCUCCGCUGUGACCUCCGCCGCCUUCCGAAACCCUAACCCUAGCGGUGACCCCAUGCAAGCUUCGUUGGAGUCCAUCCCUAAGGCCCAGUCCCGCAUCCACGCCCUCGCUGCCCUCCUCGCCGCCCCCGCCCUCGCCUCCCUCGCCGACUCCGACCGCCCCGCUCGCUCCCUUCUCUACUCCUCCGACGCCUACGCUGCCGUCUCCGCCGCCGUCUCCGCUCCCCUCUCCGGCUCUGGGGACGACCCCCUCUGCCAGUGGCUCUACGAGACCUUCCAGGCCUCCGACCCCGAUCUCCGCCUCGUCGUCCUCUCCUUCCUCCCCCUCCUCUCCGGCAUCUACCUCUCCCGCGUCGUCGCCACCUUCGCCGCCGACGCCCACCAGCCGUCCCUCGCCGGCUUCGAGGCCGUCCUUCUGGCCCUCUACUCCGCCGAGGCCAAGGCCCGCGCUGGGAAGCCCCUCCUCGUCUCCGUACCCGACCUUUCCCAGCCCUCCCUCUACCACUCUCCCCGCCCCUCCGCCGCCGCCGCGGGCCCCCGUGGCUCCACCGCGGCCCACCGUGGCUCCGCCGCAUCUACCCCUUCCCACCCCGCUGCCCAGCCCUCCGUUGGUGUCCUCUCCCCGUCCCUUGAGCCUCAGAUCGCGGUCAAAUCCACCAAGCGAGCUUGCAUCGUCGGCGUCGUUCUUGAGUGCUACUACAAGAAGAUCGCCCUCAUGCCGAGCCGAUCAAAGAUCGACCUCUGCGAGUUUGUCGCAUCCUGGGCCGGCCAGGACUGCUCCUGUCGCUUCGAGCUCGACGACGAGCCCAAUCCCACCUCUUCCUCCUCCUCCUCCUCUCCAGAAAUUAGGAACUUCUCGGAGGACGAUGGUGGGGUUGGGAAAGUGGCAGAGGGGAUGGGUAAGCUAGGGAUUCAAGAAAGGCCCAACGGCCACCAAUGCAAUGGAGAGGAGAAGGAGAGUGGUAGGACCUCGAGGGGGUCGAGGGUGCCGCUUCCUUGGGAGCUCCUCCAGCCAGUGCUGAGGAUAUUGGGACACUGCCUUCUUGGUCCGAUGAACCCACAGGAGGUGAAGGAUGCUGCGUCGAUGGCUGUGCGGUGCGUCUAUGCUCGGGCUUCCCAUGAUCUCGUGCCACAAGCCAUUUUAGCUACCCGCAGCUUGAUUCAGCUGGAUAAAAAUGCUCGGAAGGCAGCGAAGGCUGCGACAAUGGCCGGUACACCAGGCACAUCUUCCAACACAAACACGCCGAGAAAGUCAAAGAAGCCAGAGAUCCUUUUGGUCUCAAAAUGAUCGCUUGCAAUGCCUUGAGAACAUAAAUGGUGGAUGAAGGUACAAGUAUGGUCUUUGGACUUUACUAUCAGUAAAUAUUUCAAUAAAGUGGAAGGUAACUACCUAAUUUGCCUAGCCUUGUGUUUAAUUGCUAAUUGGCAUGUUAAGGAAGAAAUUGGCAGUGGUUCAGUGCACAAAAAUUCAUAAAUCUGUCCAUUUUGGAAAGAUAUGCUUGGACUUCACUAUCAGUAAAUAUUUCAAAAAAGUUGAAGGUAGCUAAUUUGCCUAGCCAUGUGUUUAAUUUCUAAUUGGCAUGCUAAGGAAGAAAUUGGCAGUGGUUCAGUGCAUAAAAUUUCAUAAAUCUGUCCAUUUUGAAAAGAUAUCUUUCGAUGGUGACCUUUUAAUCUCGCCUAAAUAUUAUUCAUUUUAGUUAUCUAUAACCUUCUUCUAAAUUUGUAUUAAAUAUCUUCCCUCAGUUUUGUAUGUUAUGCGUUUGGAAUCUAGGGACAAUUGCAGGUUGGGUGGACAGAGUAGAUAGAGACUCAAGCAUACUUGAGCCCAAAUUGACAAAAUCAGUUGUUGAUAGUCGUAAAAAAUGAUGAUGGCGGUGGAUGGGUAGUGGCUUGAAAGGAGAGUCUUCUCAAAAGAGGGGAAAAAAAGUGUGUGUGUGGGGGGGGGGGGGUGCAAAAUGAUUUCCCUUGGGCUUUUUUGCCAGGUCACACAGGCCAUAUGACUAUGGUGCUAGAUGUAGAUUGUAGAAGUUUGAUGAUAGGUGUGUUUAUAUUUUCCGAUGUUGUAGGGAAUUUCGAGUUGCUAUCAUCGUCAGUCUUAGAACUUGCUACAGGAACAAUAUAAUAAAAUGCCCCAUUCUAUGAAUUCCAAAGGCAUCUUGAGAUAUGAAUUGCCAUAGCUAUCAAUUUUGUGACUUGCUAUGAGAAAAAUGGAACAAGCUGUCCAUGCUACAAAAACCAAAAGCGUCCUGAGAAGUAUUACUCUCUCCAAGGAAUGAAUUGUGAAGGAGAAUAUGUUUCUGUCCAACCUAUCUAUUUAACUUGCUUACAGAUGCAUAUGACCUAGUUAUCUUCUUUCUAGAUCAGGUGGACAUGGAGGGCCUGUAAGCAACAAAAAAAAUCAUAUACUUUUUGUGUCAUUUUCUGUUGUCAGGACGCCUGGUCUUUUGCUUUAAUACCAUAUCAUUUGAUGUCUCUUUCAUGGAAGGAGUGCUAUUAGACAUGCAACAAAGUUAUUGCAAUUCCUUUUGUUUUGGGAUGGAUUGUUACCAAACAGGGAAAAAAUUCAUCUUGGAUGUUUCAUGUGAAUCUUAGGUGGCAAAGUUUCAACUUAUACCUAAAAUAAAUCAAUGAGAUCAUUUUUUUUAAAAAAUUUAGUAGUUAUUAAUCAAAUUUAGUAAGCUAGCAGGUUAGGUUAAAUAAAUAGGUUGCUGCAAAAGAAAUUAUGGUUUUGGAUUUUUUUUAAAAGUUUUUUGCCUGUAUGUUUGUAUGAGCCAUCAUAUCUGUGUGAAUAAUGAUAAUCUGUUAUCUAACACCACAGGAUCACAAAAGACCAUUAAGUAGUAGAUGUUGGAGAUAUUACUUAACCAUUGAACCAAGAUGGUUUCUGACAUAUCAUUUUGAUAUUAGAUAUGAUGAACUUUGUUAUAAAUAUACUUUAUUUUGGAUCUACCAUGAAUCCUGAGCACUGGAUAUGGGUCAAAAAAUUUGGACCGCAAACUUUUUUUAUUUUUUUGAGCAAUUGAAGUCUUCCAAGCAUGGAAUUGUUAACAGCUUGUGAAUUUAUGACAAGAUCCUCCAAAAUUUUAUCCAGCUAUGGAGAGACAGAUACAAAUGCCUCUACGUAGCAGCUAAGCAUGCACACAGAGAUUUUGAGGGUGAUUUUUCCCCUCCAAAAGUAAAAUCCAGUCAUGUCAGUGAACAAUUAUUCUUUGUUCCCCUUGCAAUUACAUAUAUUUUUUGAUCCUCAACUAUUUUUCUCUAGACAGAAUUGGCAUGCCAUGUUUCUUUGUCUUAUAGUUGUGUAGGAUGGGUGCGUUAUAUCUGUAAAGAUACACUAUCUUAUUUUCCGUCAUCUAAAUCCAUUUCUCAGUUCUUAGCAUUUUCCCUUUAUGCAAACUUUGUGCAUGGUAAGUCAUAUUUCUUUCCCCAAAGUGUAGGAUGGACAAGGUGCCCAUGCAAAACCUGAUGGAUUGCCUGAUUCAAUGAUGCUUGUGAUUGUAUACCCUCAUGAAACCCAUACCUCGCGCCUACCAAGCACAUUUGUUUCUCUCUAUCAAGUCUAGUAUAACCCCUUAGCUGGAUAAAGAACUGCUAAAGUCUUUUCUCCCAUUCGAUUCCAUCUUCACUCUACCUAAUUUAUGGAUUGGAUGUUUUUUGGAGGUAUCUAUUAUUGUCUUGGAGUGCUUCUUUUCUUUGUUUGUCAUUCUAGAGCUUUUUACCUUUCUUAUGAACUUCAACACUUACAUGGUGCAUUUCCCCUCUUGAAGUUAGGGUUGGCUUAUUAUUCGAGUAGCAGUCUAGAAGUUCUUGCACCUCAAGAAUGAGGCAACUAUCUUGAACAAGAGAUAUAUACUUGUCCGUAGACCAUUGUUUUAAAAAUCAGCCAAGGUAUGCCGUACCGGCCCAAACUGGGUGGUAUGGGGCAUACCGUACAGGUUCGGUACCGGUACUCGGUACGGAUGGCGCACCGACACUCGGUACGGAUGGCGUACGCCAAAAAAAUCCGUACCAUAUCGACACUGUGCUAGUGUAGCACCGGUACGAGGUCCAAUACUGAGACGGUGAACCUUGGCAGCCACUGUAAUGGUUUCGAACCUAAACCACUGCGUUAUGCACUAUGGCAGCCUCUUAUAGCAUUUGGGUGUAUUGUGCCUGAUAUAGUGGGUGAGAACUGCUACAGUGGCUGCUAUUAUGUUAUAUUGGGUGCUAUUUUUCAAAGCGGGCUAGAGGUUUUAAUUGGACCAGUUCAGCAAUUAAGCAAAAAUUUGACAUGUUCAAGUGUUUAUUGGAAGAAGGGCCGGUUCACUUAUUUGGUGCUCUGAUCGAACGAAGAGUGGGGAAAGAAGAGGAGAACAAAAGAGCAGAGUAGGAAAAAAAUGGAGGCAUCCCUCCUAGCAUUGUGCCACCAAAGCUCUAAAGCAAGGUCUGUAGUACUGGAAUCAACAUCCGUGCCAGUAGGUCAGUGGUACGGUACGGUAUGCUCCUAUGAUGUGCCGUUCCGGUGUGAACCAACAGGAAAACCAGCAAGGGAGGGGGAAAGGGAGGAGGAGAGGGAGUGGGAGAGUGCAGCAGAGAGAGAGAGAGAGGUGGAGGGAGGGAGAGCGGAAGAGAAAAAGAGAGAGGGAGAGGGCGUUGCUCCAAACUAGGCGGUUCGGGAUGAUUCCGCCUUCCUUGCUCCAAAGGCUGGAGUGCCCCUUAGUUUUCUGCAGCCAGCGCACCACUUGGCUUGCCGGACAUCUGUAUUUUGUAGUUGAUGUUAUGUGAUUGUGGACAUCUUUAUCUUAUGAAUAAUGCUAUUAUAUUUAGUGGAUGAUGAUAUAUGUUAUUUGAUUGUGGAUCUUUACCUCAUAUGAAUAUUGAUAUGGUAUUAUGGUACCAUGUUGAUAAUGUUUUAUAGCUUUGUCCUAGAUUUUUUUGCAUGAAGUUAGUGUAAAGUACUGAUUUUUGAUAUUUUGUAAGAAAAAAAACAUUAAUAUGUUUUAAUAACCUGCUUUGGAUUUAUAGUGCCUGCUAUUUGCUUAUCGCUAUGAAUCCCUUGCCACUACAUGCCCGCGAUCCACUUUUAAUACAUUGCCUUCGACCGGGCUGUUAAGGCUAAGUUGGUUACAGAGGGAUGUCAUUUAAUCUUUUUUUUUUCCGACACUGAAAGCGUUUGAACUGAAGCUUUGAUGAACUAGCUCAUUUAAUCGAUUAGUAUAAGUGUAUGCCUUCAUUUGGCAAGUCAUUUUCAUCAAACUAUUGUUGGUAGGAGUUUUUGCUAUCAUAUUGAGUUCAUGAAAUUUGUGCAUCAUUUCGGAAAAUUGAUGCUGCUUGGCUUCUUGAACUACAAAACUAAGCAUUUUGGAUGCGGUAGUUAUUUGUGUAGAAUUACAACAUAAAUGGUUAUUUAAUAGUUAAAAUUUUAGCAAUACCUGAUCUUUCUUCCCUACUCUGGUUAGCAGUUCUAGACAGCAGAUAAAACGAGCUCUGUUUCGUAAAUGUUACCAUAAAAGUAUUUUUUUUUCAAUUAAGCAUAGCAUUUUGCAUGUAGAAAAAAAAGGUGUCCCAUGGGGCCUCCUCUUGCCAAUUUAAUUAAUUGUGGCUGCUGGGAUUCGAGCCCAGGUCUCCACGGCCACAACGUGGAAUUCUAACCAAACUACAGCCACAUUUGUAACAUGUUGCAUGUUAAUUUUUAUAUUUAAUUUGAAGUAGUUGUACAGGGGAUGGCUAUUAAUUACUAAAUAUUAUUCUUUGAUGAAGCACUACCUAUGCACUCUCUACUAUUGUUGAUCGUGUGAAUUAUACUGAUUUUUUGGUCUUCAUUUUUUUCAUUUCCAUGGCUGACAAUCUCAAUUAUAAGGAAACAUGUCUUGGAUGUCAAGAUGAUCCACAAAUGGUGUGAAGUUGCCAAUAUUCUGUAUCUGAUUGUAUUGAGAUGACCUGGUGGGACGAAAUUGCAUUUUCUUUUUAUUCUUCCUCCUCAGUGUAUUUGCUUAUUGAAUGUCACACUUCUGUUACAGUCUUGCAACCAUCUUAAUUAUAUGAAUGGCCACUAGCCUUGAUAACAUCAAUGUACUUAGUUUUGAUCAUUGAGACGGCCACCCUCUUUUUCUC